UCCCCCUCUCAUCAGCAAGAUCGAUGUUCUCGUUUAGGAAAGCGAUAAUUGACACUUCUUCGACGAAACGGAAGAUUUUAGGAACUGUAUACGACUGGUGUAGAACAGUAUCGUGAUAAGAGCCUAAGAGGUGUGUGAUAUGACGGACUAUUCGAAUAUUACCUGGACAAAUGGAACGGAAACGAUGGUCGAAUUGUCUCUCACCCCUCCGAAACUGUCAGCUAUUCAAGGAAAUAUUAUUGCCAUUUACCUUACGGCUGUCGGAAUCUUAUCUCUGAUUGGAAAUGGAAUUACCAUUGUGGUCAUCUGUCGAUUCCAGAAACUUCGAACAACGGCCAACAUUUUCAUCGCAAAUUUGGCGGCGGCGGAUUUAGCCAUUACAGUCUUUACUUUCCCUUUCUCUAUAAUUUCUCAUUUCUAUAAUGGAUGGCCUUUCGGUGCUGACAUUUGUCGCUGGUAUGGUUUUAACAGUAUGCUGUUUGGAUUUGGCAGCAUAGCGUUUCUGGCCGCAAUAAGCAGCGACCGUUACAUUGUCACCUGUAAACACGAACUAUAUUGCAGAUUUAGCAAGCGGCAUUACUUCAUUGUCAGCAUAUUAUUAUGGACAAAUUCCAUGAUUUGGGCUGCAGCUCCAUUCAUGGGAUGGGGAUGUUAUGAUCUUGACGACACCGGUGUGCUUUGUACGAUAUCCUGGACGUGUCAUGGAAGAGCAGCGUUUGUUUCCUUCGUUUACGCAGUGGCUGUCGUCUGCUUCAUCUUCCCGUGUUGUGUCAUCAUGGUGAGCUACCGGAAAACAUAUCAAUUCAUCAAAGCCGUUGGCGGCGGUGGUUCCCAGGAAAACAUCGAAUGGACACAUCAAAAACAGAUUACAAAGAUGUGUGUUGUUGCGGUAAUACUUUUCCUCGUUGCAUGGACUCCAUUUACUGUUUACUUUCUCGUUAUAUCGAUAAAAGAAGUGGGUACACUUCCUGCCUUAUUCCAUGUCAUUCCAGCUGUUUUCGCAAAAUCCUCCACAUGCUACAAUCCGGUAGUGUACGCCAUUAUUAACAAGAGAUUCAGAAUCGCCAUCCAAAAGACGCUUUUAUGUGAAAAGAACGUGAAUGACUUGGACUGUAUUCCAAUGCGCAGAAUAUCACAACGCUGAGGCGUAUGCAUCGGACCAUCAAGUAAUGCAACGUCUGCCGAUGUUUUGACUGUGCAUCGCAACUGAUAAUCAAGAGAGACAUUUUUUUUUUAUUUUUUAUCCACCAUGCAUUUUAAGGCAUGUUAUACGAUGCCUUCAAUUUCUAUAUAUUACACGUACAUAUUUAAUCGUUGCUUUGUGAUGACCUUGACCUUAAACUUGAUGACAAAGGCAACGAACAAUGAUAAAGCCUAUAAACUGUAACGGGGAUUGGGUGGGUCGGCCCGGUAGCUCAGUGGUUAGAGCACCCGCAUGGUUGGCGGGAGGUCCCGAGUUCGAGUCCCAGUCCUGCCGACAUUUUUCCCCGCUCGUAACAUUUGACGCCCCACGUUGGGCGCCAAUAUGACUGAUUAGCUAGGGGGUGUCCACACUAUGGCUCGAAGCUACAACCCUCAGAUUUAAAAUCCAACGCUCUACCGACUGCGCUAAAGGGUUGUCCCACUAGCUUGUGCUAGUUGGAGCGUGGCCUCGCUAUUUACAACACAUAGCCACUUUUAACUUUAUUUCAAAACAAUACGAAUCUGUGAACAGGGCAGAAAACAUGGACCCCCUGAAAAUUCCAAAGAUGAGACCAUGUGAUUUGGACGAGCAAACAACCCCUGUUGACUAGUGUCAUCAUCUGCGAAUCAUUAACGUUUACGCAUUGACAAUACUGUAAAUAACUUUUUAUUCGCGAUAACUUUAUUUUGGUGUUAUUAUGCGAGACAAUGUGCUCGCGAAAAAAUCAUUCUCGUCCAUAUUAGUAUUGCUAAAGAUUACAUAUGUACAUGUACAUAGAGCAUUAAGCACGAUUCGAGAAAAUUUUGUUUCUCUAAUAAAGAACAAAUGUCCAUCUUGCGAAAAUUAGGUGCCGCGAAAAAUGAGUGAUUUACAGUAUUGUGGGUUUUUUAAUGUUCUUCUAAUGAUACUGAUGUUGCUGCAUACCCAGCAUAAAAUAAUCAAAAGAAACAAAAAAUGGAUACCC